CGUGGUGCUCAGUCGGUUUCGAUCCUCGUACGAGGGAGGAUGUUGUCCGCUCGUUUGCCGGCGACGAAACGUCAAGCGAAGUUCGGUUAACGUUCCUCGCUUCUCCCGACAUCGGAAAUAUUAAUUGUUAUGGGACGAUAGGGGUACGUGUCGGAUCGUGUCGAUGAUAGUUGGACGUCGCGAGAAUCGAACGUGGUAACGUUAAACAUCGUUCGCAAAUGUUUAUUACGUGGUAAGAGGCAGUGCAAGGACCGAGAACACACAGGGGUUUUCUUCGCGAUUGUGCGACGUUUACACGUGCGUUCCUACGAUAUAUAUACGAUCAUCGAUCGAUUUGGCGAGUUGGUCUGUCGGCAGGGCUGCGGUUCGAAUCGAGUGAAAAAUGAGAACUACAUCGUUGCUCGCUCUCGUUGUCUGUCUGCAGUGCCACAUCACUGGUAUCAUAGCUGUUCCAGCAAAAACGACGGGGGAAGUUCUUCUCGGUGAGGUGGACGUAGCCGUGCAAGAAGAUGGAAGGAGUGAGAUAACCACGGAAGAAUCGUACCCGAAAAAAUGCAACGUCGAUGAGAAUACGUAUUCGCACGGGCAGACGAUACCGUCGUACGACCCGAACUCUCAUUGCAUGUGCGUCGCAGGCGAGGUGUAUUGUUGGUGGCAGAAUUACAAUCCGAGCACCGACCCUUCCGCCGGCCCCUCGUUCCUCCCGUCGACCACGAUAGAAAGUAAUUACACGCCGUCCCUGGAAGGAAGCACGGACGCCGUAGACAGUUUCGAAGCUUCCGGUGAUCCAGCUGAGGAGGCAUCGCUCGAGCAACAACAGGGAUACGGGGAGAUUAACGCGACCUAUUCCUCGACUACAUCGCAACCGGCCCCUACUACGUGUCUCGUCAUGGGAAGGGAGUAUCGCGAGGGCGAGUUGCUGCCUCACUCGACCGGGAACUGCAUCGAAUGCAGCUGCGGAUCCGAGGGCCGCGUCGAGUGCUCGCCGCGGGACUGUGUCGCCCUUCGACCCGAGAUACCAGUUGCACCGGGUGUACCGGACGCGGCGGACGGCGAUUUCGAAGUGUUCAACCUUGCGAGGGACCGAGGGAUCGACGAGAGCUUUUAAAGCACCCGAUCGACUAGCGCACGAUCGUCGCCUGUUCGAAAUGAAACGCGAGAUUCCUUUUUAGAUUCUUUAUUCCGGGAAUUGUCGAUCGAUAUGAAUUAUUUAAUUUUUAAAAUAUUUGUGAAGUAUGUUUUAAAAUUUAUCCCAACGUGAUAAUCGAAUAUUUGUUCCAUUUGACGAUACAAGCAAUAAUUUUUCUAAAGAGAGGGACAUAUCGUGUGUGUGUGUGUAUAUUUAACGUUGUAUUAAGAAGAAUGUAAAGAAUUAUAUACAAUUUCUUCCCACGAAUUUUAUUUUCGUAUCGAUCAACGAUAAUAAUUUAAUAACAAUCGAGUUCUCGACCGAAACAAUUUAUAGAAACAUUUGAAUAAAAUAUUCGAGAUGAAUACGAUUACACGGUUGAAAAAUCCGUGAGUAUUAAUUAGUUUAAUUUAUAUGUAUAUAUAUAUAUUCUUCUUAUCUUCUCUCGAGCUUCUUCCCUCCCUUUGUUCCGGAAUGAAAGAGUUUCCGGUCGAAAGGGAACUGGUGAAAAAAUCGAUUAUCGAUAAUGAAACAAAAGAAACGUUAAACGCUUUCUUUUCGACCGAUUAAUCGAGGCGUAAAUAUAAAGAGAGAGAGAGAGAGAGACAGUUGUUAAUUGGAAGGAAAAUUAUUAUCGAAUCGAUGAUUAAAAAAAAGAAAAAUGAUCCUGUCUCCACGUGGUGAUAAUUAUAAUUAGAUCAAAUUGUGGCCGAAUAACGUGUUUAUGUUUUAACGAUUCAGCAAGAUCGAUAACGGGGCACUAAUUAAGUCAGGGAUGCUCUUCUCACGAGCAAAGUGUAAUUUUAUUACCCUACGGGGUUUCCAAAUUUCCCAUUUUAUUACCCACGCGUUUCCAUUGGCGUGGGCCUAAUUUAUCGAAAGAUGGAUCUUGGCCACGAUCCAUCAUCUUCUAUCGAUUGAUUAUUUAAACGAAUUCUCUCGUGUAAGAUUAAUUAUUGUAUCAUUAGUGAUAUUAAGAUUAGUGAGAUUAGUUAUAUUAUUAGCUACGAUUUAUUCAUCAUAUUAAAAUUGUUAAACCGAUCCGUGGAGAAUUGUUCGAAAUAAUAAAUUUCCUAACCUCUCUUUUAUGGAUUGAAAUUAUUGGGAAUUUUUUCGAUAUUAUUAUCUUCCAAAUUGAUUAUUUAUCUUAUGGGAGAAGAAGGUAUAUUUGUUUAUGUAAUUUAUGUAAAAAUCAGCAGUCUAAUUAUUAGAGCGUAAAAGAGAAAAAGAGAAAUCUCGAAAGAAUGUUCCUCAGCGCCACCAAAAAUACCAAACGAUAGAUCGAUAAGAAUAUUAGAUUGUACUUCCACGCAAAUUUUCCAUUGUUUUGAACAAUUUAAUAAUUUUUCUUUCUAAUAAAAAAAAGUAUUUUCUUUCA